AUUUCUACUUGAACGGUUAAUUUCGGGCGACCUGGAGAAUUUACCAAGGAGCAGGGAGUAAAGCGUGUUACUAUUUGCCCCAGAUGGUGGUGUAGCCCUUUGCCAUGUCGCGACGCAAGCAGUCCAAACCGCAGCACAUCAACUCGGAAGAACCCGGUUCAAAAGAAAGUGGGAUUCUACAAGGUGUCCAUACAGAGGAUGGGAAUGAAACCAAGAGGUGUCGGAUUGAGGAAACGAGAGUCUGUGAAAAAUGCUGUGCUGAGUUCUUUGAUGAAAUGGAGUUUCUUGAACACAAGAGAAACUGCAACAAGAGCCAACAGGUUGUCAUUAUGAAGGAUGGGGAGGGGGGCGAAAUGCCGUUAGAAUUCUCACAGAGAUCUCCUGAAUUCCAAAGUGACCACAGCGAUGGGCUUUCUAGUAGUAUUUCUCAGUCGAAGCACAGCAUCGAGUCCGCGGACACUACUGAGGAAGUGCUGAAUUUAAACGGAGAAAGUGACCUGAAACAAUCCCAGGAGGAUCUGUCCAACAGCCUUGACAUGGGCUACAUGGCAGCUUCCAAAAUGCAAGACUCUAAUGUUACUCUUGAAGCCAUGCCUUCGACCAGAGUAGCUGUAACGCAGCAUUCAUCUAGUUCUUCUACUCAGAAGUCUCCUCCACCAUCAUCUCAAGAUGCCCUUAAUGCAAUACCCAUGAUCCUUGAACAACUGGUUAGUCUUCAGCAACAGCAACUGCAGCAGAUCCAACUGACCGAACAGAUUCGUAUUCAGGUGGCCAUGAUGACACCCCAGAGCAUCCAGUCUGCAAUGGGAGGCACGGUGGAUCCGCUGAAGGCACUUGGUGCACAUCUUUCUCAGCAACUUUCAGCUGCUGCUGCUCUAAUUGGAAAACGUACAGGCACCCAGAGUUUGUCCUUGGAAGCUCUCAAGCAAGACAAAUUACCGCAGUCCAACAGCAUACCUACAUCACUUGCUGGAAGUGGGUCAAUACCACUGAAGCCUGAUGCAAUCAAAGGGCUCCCUGAUCUAGCAAACAGACUUCCAGCAUUUCUUCCACAAUCCCCAGCAGUUUUGGCAUUCCAGAGUCCAUUUACAAACAUUGCAGCGAAUCUAGAUCCUUCCAAAAAAGGCAAAACCAAGCUGCACGGGAUCACAGAAUUGAAGAAUGGAGGUGGUGAGCAGAUGUACAAGCAUAAAUGCAAGUUCUGUGGGAAGACCUUUGGGAAUGACAGUGCCUUGCAGAUUCACUUGCGCUCACACACUGGUGAAAGACCGUUUAAAUGUAACAUAUGUGGAAACCGUUUUACAACUAAAGGAAACCUUAAAGUGCAUUUCCAGAGGCACAAAGAGAAGUACCCCCACAUUAAGAUGAAUCCGCAUCCUGUACCGGAGCAUCUAGACAACAUUCCUACAAACAACGGCAUUCCAUAUGGCAUGUCUGUGCCCAUGGAAGAAUCCAAUCUUGUAGACAACAAACCAGUGCUUGGACUCCCAUCCACUGCUAUCCACUCAUCAGGGCUCCCGGGAUUCAAGCCUUCUUUUGAUGUUCCAGUGACUGGGGACCUCUAUACUCAAAGACCCUCCUCCUCUGGCAGUGAUGGUGCAUCCAUUUCAUCAGGCAUGUUCAGUAAUGAUGUAGGACUGGACCAGAGCAAAGAAGCUCCAGAUGCACUAAGUAGCCUGCAUCAAAUGAAUGAUAAUGGUGUCCUGGGUGAGAAUGGGUCUGGCACAGCCAAGCUUCAACAAAUGGUGGAUUGUCUGGAGAAAAAAACCAAUGACCCAAAUGAAUGCUUGAUCUGCCACAGAGUUCUGAGCUGUCAAAGUUCCCUCAAGAUGCAUUACCGUACCCAUACAGGUGAGAGGCCCUACAAGUGUAAAAUAUGUGGCAGGGCCUUCUCUACUAAGGGCAACCUCAAGGCCCACUAUGGUGUCCACAGGGCAAACACUCCCCUUAAAAUGCAACACUCCUGCCCAAUUUGCCAAAAGAAGUUUACCAAUGCUGUUGUGCUCCAGCAGCAUAUUCGAAUGCACAUGGGUGGCCAAAUUCCCAACACUCCAUUGCUUGAGAACCAAUACGAGGGCCCUGAUGUGAUGGAUUCCAGUUUGACAGUUAAGAACAUUGAUGCAAAUGGGCUUGAGGAGAGCAUGGAGGAACAAGAUUUGGAUUUUGACAAUCAAGAGAACCCAAACAGCUCUGAGGCUACUCCUACACAUGCUGCCAAAGCAGAUCAGCCAUUUAGUGGCUCAGCUGCCAUGUUCACUGGCAUUACUGCCCUAGAAAACCAUAUGAAAAGCCUCACAUCUGCUCUGAACCUGCAGCGACAGAGCAGCACUGCGUCAGAGAGUGACUGUGGGCCCAAAGAUUCACCGUUUACGCCUCAAGAGGUGGUGUACAAGACCGGACGCAGUCCAGUUGUGUCAGAUUCUGCUUCAUUUCACUCCUCAUCUCCAAUAGAUGAACAGUUGGAGAAUGGACAGGCAAAAUCUCCAGAAUCUAUAAAUCCGGACGAUUUGGCUGGAGGAACUGCCAGAGUGGAGUCUGAUGGCAUUCAAGAUUUCAGUGAAACAAAUGGCGCCCUGGAUUUGACUUCCAGUUUCAGUACAAAGGCCAUUAAGGAAGAACCUGGUCUGUCAUUUUCCAAUGGAGAUUAUUCUGCUGGUCAUAUGCCAUUUAUGAGGGUGCCUCCAAGCCUAGUUAAGUUGGAAAUGACAAAUCCUUCUGAUAAUCCAGUUGGUGCCAAUAAUCCGCCAUCCCAGGUGACGGGCACUCCGCCACCCGGCUCAAGUGCCCCUCGCCGCUCUGCCAAGCAGCAUCUGUGUAACGCAUGUGGCAAGAAUUUCUCCUCAGCCAGCGCGUUGCAGAUCCAUGAACGUACACACACUGGAGAAAAACCCUUUGCUUGUACCAUCUGCGGUAGAGCUUUUACAACUAAAGGAAACCUCAAGGUCCAUGUUGGAACACACAUGUGGAGUAACACGACCAGGCGUGGUCAGCGUUUGUCUUUGGAUAACCCUAUGGCAUUGAUGGCCAUGGGUGCAGAGUCGAAGAUGAUCCCAGACAUGCUGCCCCCAAAAGAUUUGAUUCCCUCACCGAUGAACUUUGAUCCAGUGGUUUGGAAUCAGUAUGCUGCUGCUUUCUCAAAUGGGCUGGCCAUGAAAGCCAAUGAAAUUUCAGUCAUUCAAAAUGGAGGAAUCCCAAUCCCUGGAAGCCUUGCUGGAGGCCCUUUGGUUGGCUCCACAGGAGGCUUGAUGAAGAUAGACUCUCAUUCAGGCAUUCCGGGUACUGUUGCUGAAAUGGAAAAGAAUGGCUCUGAGAGUGUAGUUAAAUCUCAGUUUCCACACUUUAUGGAGGAGGGCAAAGUGAAUUAGACCACAUUUGAGUUUUCAAUCGGUGAUCCAAAUGGCUUUGCUACAAACUUUUCAGUAGGCACAAUCAAAUUCGGGUCUUUCAUGUUGCCUUUAGGGAUUUUUUUUUUUUUUUUUUUUUUUUUUGUUUUUUUGGCUGCAAAAAUUGUAUUAAAUGUCCUAAUGUGAGCAACACUGAUUUGUGGACUUCAUUUGAAACCUUGAUGUAACUACUGUAGUUAUUACUGUUUUUCUCUAAUAUAUGCGGGUAUUUGCCAGUAAUGUUUCUAGAAGUUGAAUGUAAGUUUUACUUGAAAUGAUAUUUCUUCCAGAACUGUCCUACUAGUGAGAAUUGAUUAAACUACAGUUUUACCAGA